AUUAGUGGUUUAUAAACUGAAUGUAAUUCCCCAUAAAGCGGCUUCAGCAGCUGUUGCAGCUCAUGUAGUGUGAGGCUGACAGAUGUUAAUCCCUGGGAGGGGCUAGGGGGUCUGCGAACUGCCCCUGCUCCACCGCUCACUGGCGCCGGUGUCUGACGGAGUAGAGCUGGUGUCCGUCGGAGUAGAGCUGCUCUCUGACGGAGUAGAGCUGGUGGUGUCUGAUGGAGUAGAGCUGGUGUCUGAAGGAGUAGAGCUGGUGGUGUCUGAUGGAGUAGAGCUGGUGUCUGAAGGAGUAGAGCUGGUGUCUGAAGGAGUAGAGCUGGAGUAGAGCUGGUGUAGAGCUGGUGGUGUCUGAUGGAGUAGAGCUGGUGGUGUCUGAUGGAGUAGAGCUGGUGGUGUCUGACGGAGUAGAGCUGCUCUCUGAUGGAGUAGAGCUGGUGUCUGAUGGAGUAGAGCUGGUGUCUGAUGGAGUAGAGCUGGUGGUGUCUGACGGAGUAGAGCUGCUCUCUGAUGGAGUAGAGCUGGUGUCUGAUGGAGUAGAGCUGGUGUCUGAUGGAGUAGAGCUGGUGUCUGAUGGAGUAGAGCUGGUGUCUGACGGAGUAGAGCUGGUGUCUGAUGGAGUAGAGCUGGUGUCUGAUGGAGUAGAGCUGGUGUCUGAUGGAGUAGAGCUGGUGUCUGAUGGAGUAGAGCUGGUGUCUGAAGGAGUAGAGCUGGUGUCUGACGGAGUAGAGCUGGUGUCUGACUGAGUAGAGCUGGUGUCUGACGGAGUAGAGCUGGUGGUGUCUGAUGGAGUAGAGCUGGUGUCUGACGGAGUAGAGCUGGUGUCUGACGGAGUAGAGCUGGUGUCUGAUGGAGUAGCGCUGGUGUCUGACGCAGCAGCUGGUGCCUGACGUAGCAGCACUAGUAUCGGGUGGUGUAAUGGGCGUGUUACUCGACAGCAGCUGGAUGAAGUUCGGUCCGGCGGAGCGAGACUCUCUGGAGUGGUCCCCCGGCCCCCCGCCCCCAACGGAGCGGCUGCCUGACCAGACCAGUCCGGGGGAGUCCCGCCUCGGCAAGCUGUCCGUUGUCUCGGUGGUCACGGCGACGGCGGCCUUGCUUCUCCUCCUGGGGGGGGUGCUGGGGCUGCUGGCUUGUCGGCGGCGGCGGGCCGGGGGCAGGAAGCCGGGCCUGCUGGCCAACGUGAUCGCCCUGGAGGACCUGGAGGACCUGGAGGACCCCGAGGUCCUGGAGGUCCUGGAGACCCUGGAGGACCUGAGAGACCCGGAGAGGAGCCGCGAGCUGCUCUCCUCCUGCCGCCGCAGCAACAGCCGGCGCUGGCGCUCCUCCAGCGCCAGCUCGGAGGAGCAGGACCCGGCCGACGGGGUCUUCCUCAUGGUCUACCUCCCCUCCCCCUACCAACACACCCUCACACGGCUCGCCAGAGCUGCCAGCACCCGGAGCUCCCGCAGGUCCCUGGGGGCCUGGGGGGGGGCUAAAGACCUGGAGACCCCCAGAGACCCGGAGAGCCCAAAAGAGUUCCAGGCCUCAAAAGACCUGGAGAUCCCUGGAAUCCUGGAGACCCCCAAAGACCUGGAAACCCCGAGGGGCCUGGAGCCCCCCAAAGUCCUGGAGACCCCCAAAGACCCAGAGACCCCCAAAGACCUGGAUAGCCCCAAAGAAUUCCAGGCCUCAAGAGACCUGACGACCUCACUGGAGACCCCCAGAGUCCUUGAGAGCCCCAGAGUCCUGGAGACCUCCAGAGACCUGGAGAAUCCAAGACUAAUGGAGAACCCCAGACACCAGGAGACCCCAAGAUACAUUGAGACCCUGGGAGACAUGGAGACACCAAGAAUCCUUGAGACCCCCAAAGACCUGGAGUCCCCAAAAGAUCUAGAGACCCCCAGAGACCUGGAGACCUGGAGAGACCUGGAGAUCCCCAAAUGCCUAGAGAGCCCCAAAUAUCUGGAGUCCCCCAAAGAUCUAGAGACCCCCAGAGACCUGGAGACCUGGAGAGUCCUGGAGAUCCCCAAAUACCUAGAGAGCCCCAAAGAGCUCCAGGCCUCAAGAGACCUGGAGACUCCCAAAUACUCCAGGUCUCUCCAGAGACCUGGAGAAUCCAUGAAUCCAAGACUCAUGGAGACCCCCAGAGACCUGGAGACUCCACUAGAGACCCCCAGAGUCCUGGAGACCUUGGGAGACAUUGAGACCUCCAGAGACCUGGAGACCUGGGGAGACCUUGAGACCCCCAGAGACCUGGAGACCUGGAGAGACCUUGAGACCUCCAGAGACCUUGAAACCCCAAAAGACCUUGAGAACUCUGGAGGCCUGGGUACCUCGUUAGACCUGACCGGGGCAAACAGUGGAAUGCAGCAGGAUGAGAAGAUGUGAUAAUAGUACUGCAGUACUACUACAGUUCUAAUAUCACCUACUACAGAACUACUGCAGUACUACUUUUACCUAUUGCAGUACUACUAUCAACUACUACAGUACUACUGCAGUAAUACUAUUACCUAAUGUAGUAGUGUGAAGUCUUGAUUCUAUAGUGAACCCUGAGGUCUUGUUCAUAUAGUGAACCCUGAAGUCUUCUUUCUAUAGUGAACCCUGACGUCUUGUUUCUAUAGUGAACCCUGAAGUCUUGUUUCUAUAGUGAACCCUGAGGUAUUGUUUAUAUAGUGAACCCUGAGGUCUUGAUUCUAUAGUGAACCCUGAGGUCUUGAUUCUAUAGUGAACCAUGAGGUCUUGAUCUAUAGUGAACCCUGAGGUCUUGAUUCUAUAGUGAACCCUGAGGUCUUGAUUCUAUAGUGAACCCUGAGGUCUUGAUUCUAUAGUGAACCCUGAGGUCUUGAUUCUAUAGUGAACCCUGAGGUCUUGAUUCUAUAGUGAACCCUGAGGUCUUGAUUCUAUAGUGAACCCUGAGGUCUUGAUUCUAUAGUGAACCCUGAGGUCUCAUAUCUAGCCCUACAAGUGGAUUCUGUUGAUAUUGAACCUUCAUGGUUGAAGGCACUCAUUGUAAGUCGCUACGGAUAAAAGCAACAGCAAAAUAAAUGAAAUAACAAAAUACCUUAACAUUCUUUGUGAUGUGUUAAAUACCUUAUUAUACUUUGUUAUGUGUUAAAAUACCUUAUUAUACUUUAUAAUAGCCAUGAAGGUACUAUGGACUUCAUGCUGAACGACUUGUGUCGUUUAUUGACUUAUAUUCUAUGAUGUGGAAUUGUAAAUGAUAUAUAUAUAUAUAUAUGUUUUAUGUAGAUCCGUAACAUGGAAGUCAGUGUUAAAGUAUUAAAGGAUUUGGCCUCGAA